CAAGCAGCUGUUUUCGCAGUUUUUCCAGCGACGCCAAUACCACCACCUGCGUAAUGAGUAAUUGGUUUACAAUUGUUACAAAAUAACGCCAACUAGCGGUAAACCCAAAGCAAAAGUAGACGCAAAAAACAAGGCGAGAACAGAUGAAAAUCAGAGGCAGCCCAACAACAACAAUACGAAUUGAACUCCAACCAGGCAAGCGAGGGACAAGAAAUCUGAUCAGAAGAGGCAACAAAACGUAUUUGCAAAAAUGUCCAAAUCGGUGAAUAAUAUGAAUAUGGCCAUUGUGGAGCCAGCGGAGCGUAUGAAAUAUCUCUCGCAUUGUGGCACAGUCAUCGAGGUGGACAAAAAUAUGGCGGUGACGCGCUAUUAUCGCUCCGGCACCGAAAUGCUGCGCAUGGCGAACGUCUAUCUGAAUGAGGGAAACCAUGAGAACGCCUUCAUACUCUACAUGCGCUACAUGACGCUGUUCAUCGAGAAGAUUCGCCAGCAUCCCGACUACAAUAGCGUCAAGGCCGAGGUGAAGGCCAUCAACAAGACCAUCAAGGAGGAGAUUAUGCCCACCACAGAGAAGCUGCGCAACAAGCUCCUCACGCAGUAUCAACGCGAAUACGAACAGUUUCUGGCCAGCAAGGAGGCGGAACGUGUCCGGGAGCAACGGGAACGGGAGGCGAAACAACGGGCAGCGGCAGCAGGAGUUGUGCCAUCGUUGAUACCCGCCAAUCUGCAUGUGCAGAUGGAUGCGAAUAAUCAGCCGACGGCGCCAGAGUUGGGACUGCUCGAUCAGGUGGUGUAUCCCAAUGAUUUUCCCACUGGCACCAAUCGCAGUCACUUGCCCAGUUCGGGUUUGUUGCUGCCCGGCGUCGACACAGGCGCUGACAGAUCACCCAACACAUCGUCGAAGCCCGCCUUUGAUCGUGGACAGAAGCCGCAAUAUAAUCGCACCGACUCGCUGCUGGCGGGAUCGUUGCGCACAGUCAACGUACCUGCCGACACCAUGGAUGUGUUCCUACAGCUGGCACAUGCCAACACCUCCAAGAACAUUGAGACUUGCGGCGUCCUCGCCGGCCAUUUGGCCCGUAACGAGCUCUCCAUCACACACAUCAUCACGCCCCAGCAGCAAGGGACACCCGACAGCUGCAACACCAUGCAUGAGGAGCAGAUCUUCGAUGUGCAGGACCAGAUGCAGCUCAUCACGCUCGGCUGGAUUCAUACUCAUCCCACUCAGACCGCUUUCUUGUCCUCCGUUGACUUGCACACACAUUGCUCCUAUCAGAUGAUGAUGCCCGAAGCAAUUGCCAUCGUCUGUGCACCCAAGUACAAUGCCAAUGGUUUCUUCAUACUUACGCCGCACUAUGGACUAGAUUAUAUUGCACAGUGUCGGCAAACCGGGUUUCAUCCGCAUCCAAAUGAUCCGCCUCUAUUUAUGGAUGCAGCGCACAUCAAAAUGGAUUCGCAUGCCAAGAUCAAGGUGAUCGAUUUGCGCAGAUAGUAUGCUGAACUCUUAGUCUGAAACCUCAGCCAAAAAAAAAACAAUACUAAACUAAUCUAACUAAACGUAAACAGCAGGCACACAUCUUGAUAGAGUGAAUCCAACCACCAAACACAAAAUGGAUGCAAAAACAAAGCAGCGAAUUUAACCAACCAGAUAAUGCAAUAGCUAAGUCGCUUUUGAUGAAUCAAAAUUUAAAUAUUUUUAGUUUGCUUGAAAAUUGGCUUCAUUACUAUUCAAAAUUUCGUUUACAAGUCCCUUUUAAAAUUAGCUUAAGUUUAAUUUAUUUAUGAUGAACACUCACUUUCGGAAUUUCGAAUUCUGCAACUAAAAUAAUAAUUCUAGUUUGCGAGCGUGCGCUGCAUUGAGUUUUCUCGUUCAAAAUAGCACACGCAACCAUAACAGAUGUUAGAUAUAAAGUUUUCUAGAAAAAUCAAUCUUAAAAAGCAAAAAAAAAAAAACAAAAGCAAAAAGAUGAUCAGAGAUAUUAUUAUUAUUAGAGUGAACACAAAAAGUGAUUUUAGCAGAAAUUUUAGAUUUUUGCUCGCAAUAACAAUUUGCAUUUCUGUUAAGAGCUCGGCUAUACGAAAUUCUUCUAUGUGAUUUACAAUUGUGGCUUAAAUUUUUUUUAUCAUUUUUUAUUUUGUUUGUUAAAACUUAACACUCUUUGGUAUUCUUAUAUUUAUUAUUGUAUCUGUCAAGGAACUCAAUAUACAGCUAUAAUUACUCAGCUAAAGCUAAAGAAAACAAACUUUGAAUAUUAUACUAUUGCUAUCAAAAAAACUAAAAAAACAAAAAUCUAUGCGAUGAAAUGUUAUUUAAUGACAAGCCCAGGCAAAAAUAAAAACAUGUUAUGUAUGCUUACUAAAUUGCUAAAUUUAAUAAAAAUAAAGAGAA